AAUGUGAGUUUAUUAUUAUUGCCAUUGAUUGGUGUUGUGGAGGCCAUUGAAUCCAAUUAUUGAAGACAUCUUCACAAAGCAAUUAACGAGUGACUGAACCGCCGAUUGAUCGGAUCGGACACCGAGGAUGUGGUACGAGAUAUUGCCGUCGAUGGGGGCGAUGGCGGUGGCCUUUGCGCUCAUGGAAGUGGGACCGAUGAUCACUCACUACGCCUCGUGGAUGAACCCAAUGAUGAGGCGUCCCAUUGACGAGCCGUCAGACAAUUGGAUCCGAAGAGACCAACGGAUCGCCGACACAGUGCUGCGGAUGCGAUGGCCGGCCAAUCAUCACUACACCGUCGGUCUGGACGCCAUCCCCGACGAGGGACAGCCCAUCACUCGCUUCCAAGACUAUCGGUAUCUGAAGCCAUCGCCGCCUAAGUAGAUGGCUAUAGGAGUGAGCGUCCGAUUGGUCGCUGUCUUGUGGCCGUACUUUGCGUUUAGAAGUGCUUCACGUCUUGUAGUUAUUAUCAAUUGAUUAGAGAUUUAUGUAAAUAAUAGUUAAUUGAAUAAAAGUUUUAAUUAACGAAAUA